UUGAUUUUAAUUUUUAAUGUAUACUAACCUAAUUUCGGCCCGGCAGCCCAGUCUCUCUUUUCUAUUUCUGUACCCAGGGUGGCUUAAGAACCCAGUGACUUCCUUGGCUCUAAAAAUCUGUUAAUCGCGAAGCAUCGCCAAGAAGCUCUCUCUCCAGAAUUUUUUUUUUAAAAAAAAAAACACAAAAGAGCUCUCAGAUUCAAUCAUCUUCUCCGAUCUCGUCAAAAUCCAAUAACAAAAUGGCUUCGACAUUCAGUGGCGAUGAAACCGCUCCGUUCUUCGGAUUCCUCGGCGCCGCUGCCGCCCUUGUUUUCUCCUGCAUGGGAGCUGCGUACGGUACCGCGAAGAGUGGAGUUGGCGUUGCAUCGAUGGGUGUGAUGCGACCAGAACUCGUGAUGAAAUCCAUAGUUCCGGUUGUUAUGGCUGGAGUUUUGGGUAUAUACGGUCUGAUCAUUGCUGUGAUUAUCAGUACCGGUAUUAACCCUAAAGCAAAAUCCUAUUAUCUUUUUGAUGGAUAUGCUCAUCUCUCUUCUGGCCUUGCUUGUGGCCUCGCUGGUCUCUCUGCUGGUAUGGCUAUUGGCAUCGUUGGUGAUGCUGGUGUUAGAGCUAAUGCCCAGCAGCCAAAGCUUUUUGUUGGGAUGAUCCUCAUUCUCAUCUUUGCUGAAGCACUUGCCCUCUACGGUCUCAUUGUUGGUAUCAUUCUUUCCUCCCGAGCUGGUCAAUCGAGAGCUGAGUAAAGAGUCCCUCUACUUGGUGUUUGGAUGGCCGUUGUGAUUUAUCUAUAAUUAGUUAUGAGCUAGCAAGGAUAGCCAGAUUAUUUUUGCCAAGGUUCCUUGAUUCUGCACUUUCCCGCUCUGUGGUGAAAGAACCAGAUUGACCUUGCCAUCCAUCAAUGGGUGUCUCAAUGGCUGAUGUGUACACUGAAUGGAAUGAUGAACGAUGCACUUGAAACAUGGUUUCUGCUAAAAUUGGGAUUAGUAGUCUGUGGUCUCCGGUUGAUGUGGCUAUAAGAAGGGAGCUGUAUGUCAACGAUGACAUCGGGGGAGUGGGCGGCGGCGGGGUCCAUGCUCGUUCGUAAAGCCACUCAUUUUGUAAUUUCUUAAACAAGUUAUGUGAAUUGGUCCCUCCUUAAAGUUGAAAUUAGAUUUUAGCCCCUGCAUGGCAACAA